UAUACUCACUAUUAUCGGACAUAUCUAUAGUAUACUUCAGUCGAACUACGAUUUAAAUACUGUCAGGAUACUGCUCUAAGUCAAAUAAAUGAUAGUGAACAUGUCACCGGCAAUAUUGCAAUUCGUACUAUCCUUGUUUGCAGCGCAUGAGGUCAUCUGCACAGCUAUUGCCAGUCGGAGACAUAACCGGGACGUGAGUUCCUUAGAAUCGUUUCACUUGUACCCACGACCGGCGUACUUACCGAUUAUGCCUUACUACGAGGUCGAUAUUCCACAACAGGAAGGAAAAUUUUUCGGUGUCAUGGCAGCCACACGAUACGAAACUAUUACCGUCAGAGAAACCGUGCGUCCGGUGUGUUUGUACGUGGACGGGAACGUGCCGUCUUGCGAUCACGUGAUUCACAGCAAUCACAACAACCGCCCGCAGAAAGUUCCUGGACCAGCCAAUUCUCGGCGUCCACCGGCCAUCGAUUACGAGGCAUAUUUCAUUGAACCCAGCAAACCGGACACGAAGAUUGAGAUAACCGAAAUACCGUACAGAGGCGCAUUCCUGUUGACGGACGCGACAGUCGAGGCGGACGACCAACUUCAAGCGACCGAAGUAGACGCGUCUGCGGCGGUGGGCCACGAGACGCCGUCGUUGCAGCAAGCCGUCCGGCCAGUCGUAGAGGACGUGCAGGAACGGCGGGCCGCUACUUCAGGCGUGGGCCUGCAACGACAGCUUCUGCAGAACGCGAUCGGGGCGGCCAGUGCGGCGGUCGCGGCGGGAGUGGCCAAUGUCGGCGGUGUGGUCGGCAUGGCCGGCGCGAUGGCCAACUCGGCCGUUGGCCGGCAGCAGGUCACCGUGUACGUGACGCGAGUUGACCGCGUGGUCGACGAUCGGUUGACGGCCACGCUAGUGCCCAAGAACUGCAUGCCCAACCGAGUGGACGGGCUGAGGCGGUGCAACGGUGGAAUCGAUCCGUACUCGGCCGAGUUUCCGCAGCCUCCGUACGUUCUGCCUCAGCCGACGUACAUGCAGAAGCAGCCCGCCGUGGCCGUGGACAUCGUAUCCAAGGUUGGCGGCCUUGUCCGGGACUUUGUCGACGCUCAAUCAGCUGCCUCGGGCAACGGUCGUCUGCGACGUUACCGGCGUACUCCUGAAACAGACGUCGUAGCUGAACCCCUAUGAUAGUGGUACCUGCGACUACCGAUUUAUGUUAGUAUUAUUUGUAAAUGAAUAGUAUUUUAAACGAGUCAUCACGCGACUUAAAAACUUAUUGUUCGUGUCAAUUCAUCCCGUAGAUCGUAAGCUAUUAAAUGACACUGAAUUCAUAUCUUUAGUGUCAUUCAAGUAUUGUAAUGUUUAUUAUAAUGUUAGUAAAAAAUAACAAAAAUACGAUUACUACAAAACAUUAUGAUUAUUGUUGUUUUAGAUAGUGCAUAUACUAGGUAAGUUUAUUAUCAAGUGUGCUCACAGACCAUUUUUUCUUGAAUAAUUCAUGUAUGCUAAAUCUGAUUUUUGAAUUUUUAAAAUAUAAGUAAUUAAAAUCAUACUUUCUAAUAACAGUAAUUUAUUUGGUUCAGUUAAAGAGUGUCCUGUGCGGAUAAAAACUUCUAUUUUUCAAAUGGCCCUUUUUAACUUGAAAUUACUUAUUAGAAGAUUUUAAAAAAAUAUUAAUUAUUUGUAAACAUAAUUUUUAGUAUUAGUUUUAAGUAUUGGUAUAUUUGAGAAUUUCAAUAAUAAUAAUUGUAUUAAAAAAAAAGGACGUGUAUGUUUGA